AUGGAAGCACAGGGUGCGCAACAGCCAUGGAUGAUGAGCGCACAACUGCAACCACAGUACGCUUACGGAGCACCGCCGCCGCCACCGUCGCAACCCUACCACCAACCGACGUCUCACGAAGAAAUCCGUACCCUCUGGAUUAGCGAUUUACCCUACUGGGCCAAUGAGUCCUACCUUCAUUCCUGGUCCUUUCAAUCAAGGUGCCUUCCAGAAGGUUACGGAUUUGUGGAAUUCGCUUCACACGCUACACCAGAAACCGUUCUUCAAACAUACAACGGAACACAAGUUCCGGGAACCGAGUUAACUUUCAGGUUAAACUGGGCGUCUUUAGGAAUAGGAGAACGACGACCCGAUGCCGGUCCGGAACAUUCUAUUUUCGUAGGUGAUUUAGCACCUGACGUUACCGGUCAUCUAUUACAAGAGACUUUCAGGACUCAAUAUCCGUCUGUUAGAGGGGCCAAAGUUGUGACCGAUGCCAACACGGGUUGGUCAAAGGGAUAUGGUUUUGUUAAAUUUGCAUAA